UGGUAUAAAAUGUGCAGCAUUUAGUGGCAAAUGACACAGUUGACAGUUGAAGGCAAAAAGAGCAAGAUCAACACAUCGCCGGUGUUUUAGUGCAAUCAGCAAAGUGCGGGCGACGUAAUUUUAAAUAACACGAAUUAAUUUUGAAUUUUUUCACAUUUUUGAAGUAUAAUAUUUUGCUUUUACAAAAUGAAAGUAGUUUUUGCUUUUUUAAUAUUUGCGGCCGCCAUAUUCGCCAAAGCGAAUGCCAUUGACCAAGUGCUUGGUGUAAUUACGCCAACUGAUUCAAUAUUAGCCAUGACGCAGGUGCAAAGACGCUUUCGUUUGGGGCAAGUGGUGACGGCUACUUAUACAUUUACGGGCGCCUCCACAACAGCUAGCGUCGUAGGCAUCAGAAUUAGUGACAACAAGCCUGUGAGAAAAAGUCCCGCAGUAGCAAUAACAAGUGGUGCACUAAAUUCAGCCACUAUCACCCUAACAUUAACGUCACAACGCGGUCUUGGUAUCAACAGCCAAAUUACAGUCUAUGGAACGCCAUAAUUUCUACUUUUCUAACGAAUACGUCACAUAUCUUUGGUUAAUACAAUAUACAUAUAAUUAGUUUUAAAGGAGAGUUUUAAAAUGUCUCCUUGUACUAUAUUCAGUUCCAAAAUAAAUCAUUAAAUUUUUUUCAUAA